AUCCUCCAGCAAGAAGAAGGGCUGGAAGAUCAGGGAAGACAGGAUGUUCAUCUGUGAGAACCUGCAGUCCUCUGCUUUGAAGUUUUUCCAACAGCUUUCCAUUGAGUGGAGACAAGUAUUCACAGCCAUGAUGAAGCUAGCCUUUCUGCUGUUCGCCCUGGUGGCCCUCUCCGAGUGCCUGCACAAGUUUCCCCUGAUAAAGGGAAAGACCGUGAGGCAAAAAAUGCAGGAGAAGGGUCAAUGGGAUGUCUUCAGGCAGAAGUAUCCCUACAACCCCAUGGCCAAGUUUGACAGCAGCUAUGCAGUUGGCACUGAAUCUAUGACUAAUGAUGCUGAUCUGUCAUAUUAUGGUGUGAUCUCUGUUGGAACUCCCGCCCAGUCCUUCACGGUCCUAUUUGAUACUGGCUCUUCUAACCUGUGGGUUCCCUCCACCUACUGUUCCAGCCAAGCUUGCACCAACCACGCGUUAUUUAAUCCUCAGCAGUCCUCCACCUACGAGGGCACCUCCCAGACUGUGUCCAUUCAGUAUGGCACUGGCAGCAUGACAGGAUACCUGGGAUACGACACUGUUGAGGUUGGUGGGAUCACCAUUACCAACCAGAUCUUUGGUCUGAGUGAGACAGAGGAUGACUUCAUGUACUAUAUGGUACCCGAUGGGAUCCUGGGACUUGCCUUCCCUUCAAUUUCUUCUUCUGGUGCCACCCCAGUCUUUGAUAAUAUGAUGAGCCAGAGGCUGGUUUCUCAGGACCUGUUUUCCGUCUACCUGACCAGCGAUAGUGCAGAUGGCAGUGUGGUGAUCUUUGGUGGGAUCGACUCUUCAUAUUACACAGGUUCCAUUUACUGGAUCCCACUGUCUUCUGAAUCCUACUGGCAGAUCAGCAUGAACAGUGUGACUAUCAAUGGCAAUGCUGUUGCUUGCUCUGGUGGCUGCCAAGCUAUUGUGGAUACAGGCACCUCCUACAUUGUGGGACCAAGCAGUGACAUUGAAAACCUCCUGAGCUCUUUGGGCGCUUCCGUGGACCAAAAUGGAGAUGCAUUCAUUAACUGCAACAGCGUGGGAUCCAUGCCUGACCUGACCUUUACCCUUGGCGGAUAUGCCUUCAGUAUCCCUCCCUCUGCAUAUGUUUCUCAGAAUAGCAAUGGAUGCAUGAUUGACAUUAGUAAUGGUGGCAACAGCCAGCUCUGGAUCCUGGGUGACGUCUUCAUCAGAGAGUUCUACACCAUCUUUGACAGGAGCAACAAUCAAGUGGGUCUUGCUGUAGUUGCAUGAUGCAGCUGGAUCAGCUUAAUACUGUGUAAACGACAUGACAUGUGAAAUGUAGAAUGUCUGUAUGUAGGAUAACCAUGAGAAACAGAUCAGAAUAGUAUACAAGUAACAAACAUUCCAUCCAUGUGAUAAGUCAAUGAAUGCAAGCAAUAUUCCAUUAAAGUGUUUCCCUUUGAAGACUGUCUUUAUUGGCAAAAAAACAAGAAACACAUAAGAGAAUUAGCAGGUACCUUUUAUAGAUAUUUAGACAACAGUCAGUAAUCCAUUAUUAUCACCAAAACAUGCCUAAUUAAGGACUGUUAAUAAAGAGCAUGAUUUCACCGGCAAGCAAGUCUCCAUGUCUCUCUC